AUGGAUCCAUCGAGAACCGACGACCUCGAGUUAGCAUGCGACCCUGACCAGCCAACGCGGCCCAAGAGACAGCGCAAGCGCUACAUCGACGAGAUCACAGAGCUGCGCGCCAAAGUCUCCGGCUACGCGGAGCAGCUGGCCGCCUUGACGCAGCGCCAAGAGGUCGACAUUAUCUGCGCAACGCCGUGGGAGGGCAUCUCACGGCGACAGGCCAUCGAGCGCAGCGUCGCCGAGCAAGACAAUGCGCGAUUGAAGGACGCCGUUCAAGAGCAGCUGGCCAUGAUCGAGGCGCUCCUACGCAUCGUGCAGAAGCGACCGAAGCUCAUGGACAUCUCGUACGUUGAAGACUGGAAGCUGCAGCGCUUGCCAGCGGACCCGAUCCAGCGUCGCACGAGCUUCCACGCUAUGUUGGACGCCGAGUACGAGCGUCUCGAGAGCGUCUUCCUCGCGCAGCGACUUUACGACGUCACAGAGCCCGGUACCCACACGGCAGUCACGUUCGAGACCGACCAGCUCUUGCUCACGUGCACGAUGGUGUACUCAUUUCACGCAAACGUUCAGCUCGUGGCCAAGGCGUUCUGGACCACCUUUGCGUUCGAGAGGUCGUUGACACUCGAGUCGGGCGCGCUUCUGCCGCUGCCAGGCGUCGACGAGUCGACGUGCUACAUGAAGCUAUUUCUGCGAUUUCCCGGUGACUUUGAGCUGCAUGGCAACAUUGCUUGCAAGCGCUACGACGAGUCAGACUCGCGCGUCGUCUUCGCGACCAAGUCUGUCCUGGAAGACGAGGUGUACCCGUACCCGCCCGAAGUCUACGUGCCCCAAGAAACGGGCUGGUUUGUCGUCGAGGCAGUGAGCGCCAACGAGAGCUGCAUCAAAUAUUACAGCCGCGGGCACGUGCCGUGCAAGAGCUACCGCGAUGCGUCCUAUGCGCGCGAUCGCGAUCUGAGCUUCUCGGCCCUCGCCGACCUUGUCCUUGUUGGCUACCGCAACAACAUUCGGACGCUGAAAGCAGUCAUGGAUGAGCAGAUUGACGAGUGGACAUCGCCACUCAGAACGUCACCCGAAACGCUGUUGCCUUGCAUGCCAUCGGUCCACUAG